AUGGAGCCCGAGGUGCGGGUGCUUCGCUUAGCCGGCGGCUUCGGCCGGGCCCGGUGCCUCCUGGCCGCCGCUUCGUGGCUACCGUGCGUGGCGCUGGCGUUGGCGCUGGGCUCGGAGCUCCUGCUCACCGCGCUGCCGGCGCACCACUGCGGCUCAGACCCCGCGCGCGCCCCGAGCACCUGCCUGCCGCUAAGCUACCCGGAGUCCGUGCCGCGCGCUGGCUCCUACGACUCUCGGCCCUGCUCACGCGGCUGGUACUACGCGCAGCCCGCCGCCGACCUGCUGCGCAGCCCGGUCACCCAGAGGAACCUCGUGUGUGAGGAUGACUGGAAGUUACCCCUGGAGCAGGUGGACCACCUCCUGGGCUGGUUGCUGGGCUGUGUCCUCCUGGGCCUGGGCUGUGACUGGUUUGGCCGCCGGGCUGUGUUUGUGGGCUCCCUGGUACUGGCCACGGGCCUGGGGGCCGGUGAGGCCCUGGUUGCCAGCUUUCCCACCCUGCUGAUUCUGCGGCUGCUUCGGGGCGGGGCCUUGGCAGGGGCCUCCCUUGCCCUCUACGUGGCUCGUGAGACUGAGCGCCCUGACAACGGGACUGCUGCUGCUCUUUUGGGGGUUUCCAGCUGUGUUCCCCGAGUCUCCCUGCUGGCUGCUGGCCACAGGACAGCCGGCCCGAGCCAGGAGGAUCUUGUGGCACUUUGCCAAAGCCAGCGGUGUGGACCCCGAGGACAGCAGGGAGGAGGAAAGCUCCCUGGCUAUGGAGCUGGAUGUGCUGUGCGCGGGAUGCCCCCAGCCCCGGCACCACUCGGUCCUGGAACUCCGGCAUACACACGUCACCUGGAAGAAUGCACUCAUCCUGGGCUUCAGCUCAUCAGUGGGGGCAUCAGAGCCAGCUUCCUGCACAGCCUGGUCCCAAGUGAUCCCAGCUUCUAUUGGCCUUACUUCCUGGUGGCUGGCCUGGAGGCAGCAGCCACCAUCUUCCUGCUCCUGACAGCGGAUCUCUGGGGGCGCCGCUCAGUCCUGCUACUGAGCACCUUGAUCCUGGGCCUGGCAUCCCUGCUGCUCCUUGCAGGGGCCCAGUACCUGCCCAGCUGGACCGUGCUGUUCCUCUCUGUCCUGGGGCUCUUGGCCUCCCAGGCCGUGUCUGCCCUCAGCAGUCUCUUUUCAGCUGAGGUCUUCCCCACAGUGAUCAGGGGGGCCGGGCUGGGCCUGGUGCUGGGAGCUGGGUUCCUGGGCCAGUCAGCCGCCCCGCUCACCAAAAUGCACGGCCGGCAUGGCUUCUUCCUGCAACACGUGGUCUUCACAUCUUUCGCUCUCCUUGCCCUUCUGUGCAUCCUGCUGCUGCCAGAGAGCCGCGGCCGCGCGCUGCCCCACUCACUGCAGGACGCUGACCGCCUGCGCCGCUCCCCGCUCCUUCGGGGCUGCCCACACCAAGACCUCCUGCCCCUGCUGCCAGCCUCCCUCCCUGGGGCAGGGACACAGCUGGUCCAGGAGGGGUGA